UGUUGCCAGACGACCUGCCGCUACCGGCGCCAUUGACAGCUGCAGGUAAUUUUUGGCACCGCCGAGCAGCGUUUGUUUACAUUUCAAAAAAUGAGCCAAGACGAAACGGAUCAACAUCCCGGUGCUAAUGGGCAAGAUAUUGCGGAAGAAGAACAGGAUGCGCCAAAUACCCCCGAGCAAGAUGUGCCCAUGCAGACCGAGGAAACGGAUGCGGAUGCUGAGUGCAGUCCAGUGGCGGAAGCACAUUUCUUCAAAGACGCUGCCUGCAUAGAGGUGGCCCGCUGCUCGUGGGAUCGCCCGGUGCGACAGAACUAUCUGCAAGGCUGCCGCUGGUCGCCGGACGGCACGUGCGUCCUGACCGCGGUCAACAACGAUGGAAUGCACAUCGUCGAACUGCCGACCGAUCUGUACGAUAAGGAAAGUGUGCCCGAGGAGCGUCCCGUCGAUCUGCUGACCUCGGCCGUGCACGUGAAGGAGGGCGGCCUCGUGUACGAUUACGCCUGGUAUCCGGGUAUGAACAGUGGGCGGCCGGAAACGUGCUGCUGGAUCGCGUCCCGCCAGCACGAACCCAUACAGCUGUGGGACGCAUUUACGGGCGGUCUGCGCUGUUCGUACAAGGGCUACGACCAGUUCGACGAGGUGGAGGCAGCCCUCAGCCUCGCCUUCGCACCGGCCGAUGGGGCCACAAUCUACGGCGGAUACAAGAAAUCGAUCAAGUGCUUCGACAUUAACGUACCGGGGCGGGAGACGGGCUCGUGGCGCACGAAAUCCACCGCCUCCUGUAUGGCGAUCGCAUCGUCCAUGCCGGACACGAUCCUGUUCGGCUCGUGGAACCGUAGCAUCUCCGCGCUGGAUGUGCGGUCCGGCGAAUGUUUGCCGGUCGGGAACUAUGCCCCCGAGAACAGCCACACGGCGGGUGUCACUUGGAUAGGCUUUGCGCCCGACACGGAGGAGCGGUUCGUUACCGGCGCACGCAAGGAUCCGAAAGUGCUGUUCUGGGAUGUGCGGAAGCUGACGCAACCGGUCCAAACGCUGGUCCGAACCUGUGGCACCAAUCAGCGCAUACACCUGGCCUUUUCCCCUGGUGGACGGUGGCUGAUCAGUGGCGAUACUCGAGGCAUUCUUCACGCGUGGAACCUGCACGAGACGGACGAAGCGGGCCGGCCGAAGGAGUUGCUGUUCCCGCUGCACUGGGACUGCCUGAACGGUGUUUCGUUUCAUCCGCACGGACCCAUUAUGGCAACAGCGAGUGGGCAGUACCAUUUUCCACAUUCCGCGGCGAACCUGGACGCUGAUGACGGUGAACCAAACCCCGAUGAACCGGCGGCCAAGGAACCGACCAAGGUGGAAAACUCUCUCACACUGUGGUGGAUCGGCAAGGGUGUGUUUUCGGAGGAAUAAACGCAAUGGAAAUGUGCUCCCAAUACACUGGAUACGAUGUUUAAUUUUUCAUCUGUUAUUGUUUGCAGUCGUUUCGCGUUUGCACUGACUUCGGUCUCCCGUCCCUAUACCCCCUUCCGCUCUCAACGGCUCUCUCGUCGGUAUCUAUGAACCAUUUUAAGAUUAAAUAUUGUUCUGAUAUUAAUUCAUAUUUACAACAAAUUGAAAUAACAAAUUGGGAUUAAUAAAGAAACGCCCGAGCACGAAUACAUAUCUCUCGUCUGUGGGUUUUAUGUGUCUGUGUGUGUGCCUUACUGUCCACCUGCACGUUUCCUUUGCCUCCUGUGGAUCGGUCCCGCCAAUGCGCAACGUUGGUGCGUAAAGCCUUGCCGCUGUGCACCAAUCACCGAUCACUGAUGGUCCAUGUUUCAUGGCCUUCUGUUCUGUGACGCUUGCCGCAAAUAGGUAACGCACCCGAGUAUGCCUCCAUCCAGAGCUCGCGUGGCUCGCUUCUUGUGCGCAGUUACUGCGCAACUCUUUAUACACACUGAUACAACACUGAUUUUAAACGGUUUCCCUUUCCCGGAUGCGCGCUAACUCACUGUUCUGUCUUAUUUGUCCUUUUGUUUUUGCAAUGAUUGUUCCCCAAAUGAUUAAAUUGUCUAUUACCUUCACAAACUGUUCGUCCCCCCUUUCGCCCCGUUUGUUCUUACGCUACUAAUGCCAGGGCACCGAGUGUUGACCACACCCGCGUCGAUUGCUUUUGUUAGAAGGAUGCUACAACAUAACGGAUCUACACUCUCUUUGCACCGUAUAACACGCACGCGCAGUAGAUCGCCUUUUCUAUCGAACAUUGCUUAUUAAUGGUUACGAGGGGGGG